GAGCAGGCUGGCCCAGAUAUAGAAGUAGCGAGGAGUGGGAUUUAUCUUCUCUGUUCCAUAGGUUACAUCAGCCCCACCACGUCCAAUGCCUCUGCAGUCACUAAGAGUUCAGACUUUGCUUGUCCUCCUGUGAAGAAGUAACCAAAUCAGAGAAGAGCCAUGUGAGAUAUUGGUGGUUGUCUCAGCUUGAAAUCCCCACUCGCAAUGGUGAAUGUAUCACUCAGAAGUAUCCAGGCCCUCAACAUGUUCUUCUCCUCCUGGGCCUUAGUCUUCAUGGUGAUAGGAAUCCUCAUAGAAGAAUGGGUUGAACUGACAUUGGAAACAAAGAAAAAUACAAUAAGCCACAAUCCCUGGAUAUGUUGCACCCCUCUUUGGCCAGAAGAUGGCCUGGAGGUGGUCAGGAUCAUGAUGAUUUUGGUUCUCAGCCUUUCCUUCUUCCAUAACUUGUUCCUUGGUUUGGAAUUCACUUAUCUGGUUCCUCAAACUAAACACAUCUUCUUCAUCACUGUCUUCCUCAGUUUCUUCACAGGUAUCUUUCUGCUCUGUGCACUCCUCCUGUAUCAGCAAAAGCUAAGGCAAGGUCAACCCGUGUACUACUCUAGUUACAAAAUCACCUGGAUCAUUUUCACGGCAUACUUAAGCAUUUGCCUCUUUAUGGCCUCUGGAAUCCUCUCUUUCCUAGAGUGCAAGCAGUCCACCAAGGUUUGUCCCUGCAUGACCCUCAUCCGUAUACCUGAGAGAGAACGUCAGGACACAGAGGAAUCUGAGAAUUCUUUUAAAGUUGUUUCCUCACCAGAUGCAGCAAUGCUUCGUAGUAUUGUUCAUUCAAGGGAAGAUUCUCCAAACAGACAACUCCAAACACGUCGUGUAACCUGGGCUCUAUGAUUUGACAUCUGAUCUUUCAAUAUAUACUUAUCUUAACGGAAACAACUUUGCGUGUUAAUUGCCGUGUGUCUCGACAAACGUAUUGUCUUUGUUUGGCAUUAUUUAACGACUGUGCCUGGGUUAGUGUCUGUAAGAAGAUCCAGAGGGUGGCUCUUUCUUUCUUUCUUUUUUUUUUUUAAUCCUGGCCUGCCGAACAAAUAGUUUCUACUAUUUGUUCUCACAAUUUAAUAACA